AUGGAGGCGGUGUGCAAGGGAGCCAAGUCGGAGGGCGGCACUACCAUCGGCAUUUUGCCCGGCGGAUCGCCCGGCACUGCUAAUGACUACGUAGAUAUUCCAGUCGCGACCAAUAUGGGAUACGCCCGGAACGUGGCGGUGGUCAGCACCGGCAGUUCCGUCAUCGCGGUGGGCGGCGCCUUUGGCACGCUCUCCGAAAUCGCCUACGCUCUAAGUUAUGGCAUCCCGGUGGUGUCGCUGAACAGCUGGCCGCUGACCUUGCGCGGCGACGGUCAGCCCGUGGGCGACGGUUACAUUAUCGCCGACGACCCCGCCGACGCCGUCCAGAAAGCUAUCGCUGCGGCGGAAGCCCGUACGGUGGACACUGGCACCGUGGCAUUUUCCGAACCUAUAACGAGAGCUCUGGAUUCGCGAGGAAACCCGACUGUUGAAGCGGAAGUAACCCUGACCGACGGCAGUGUUGGUCUGGCACUGGUACCCUCCGGCGCCAGUACCGGCAGAUACGAGGCGCUGGAACUGCGGGAUGGGGACGCAUCGCGUUUUGGCGGAAACGGCACGAAAACCGCGGUGGCCAAUGUAAAUGACCGUAUCGCACCCGCUUUGAAGGGAACAUCACCGUUUGUCCAGCGCGACAUCGACGCCGCAUUGCGCGAGUUGGACGGCUCCGAUGACAAGAGUGGACUGGGCGCAAACGCGGUGCUGGCGGUGUCCAUGGCGGCGGCGCGGGCAGCCUCAGUAUCUGCGGGUGACUCUUUAUGGCGACACUUGUCAGAUGGAAGGCCGGUUUCGCUGCCGGUGCCGAUGCUGAAUAUCCUGAAUGGCGGACGCCAUGCCUCCAACUCCGCUGAUGUCCAGGAGUUUAUGGUCGCGCCGGCCGGAUUCGAACGGUUCUCCGAUGCAUUGCGAGCCGGAGUGGAAAUUUACCAGUCAUUGAAAUCAAUUCUCAGGGACAGCGGACAUAACCUGAACGUGGGCGACGAAGGUGGGUUCGCUCCCACAUUGCCGUCCAACCGAGACGCCAUUGAAGUGGUUUUGCAAGCUAUCGCGUCUGCCGGUUACGAACCGGGACGCCAGGUGUACAUUGCGCUGGAUGUGGCGGCUUCGGAACUCUGGAACGCCGAAACCGGUGAGUACGACCUGGCGCGCGAGGGAACGUCCUUGAGUGCGGAGCAGCUGGUGGCGUUGUAUGCGGGUUGGUGCGAUGAGUAUCCCAUCAUCAGUAUCGAAGACGGGUUGUUUGAGGAUGAUUGGGACGGCUGGACGACGUUGACGCAGCAGUUGGGAAACCGGAUUCAGUUGGUCGGCGAUGACCUGUUGGUUACCAACAUCUCACGUUUGCGCCGGGGUAUUGACACCGCGGCGGCCAAUGCCAUCCUGCUCAAACCCAACCAGAUCGGCACGAUAUCGGAAACUGAAGAUGCCCUUUCCAUGGCGAGGGACGCCGGUUGGACGGCGGUGAUGAGUCACCGGUCGGGGGAGACUGAAGAUACGACCAUCGCCGACCUGGCAGUUGCAUGGGACGUUGGUCAAAUUAAAACUGGCGCCCCAGCCCGAUCCGAACGGGUGGCCAAAUACAACCGGUUGUUACGCAUCGAAGCUGAACUGGGACCGGAUGCGCGGUACGCGGGCAAGUCGAUUUACCGCCAUUUGAUAUUGUAG